GUGUCGUUUCUUCUUUUCUUUCCUGGCAACGUUGAAGGAGCUGUUGACGCAAGCAUUGAAAAAAGUUGCAUCGCGAUGCAUACGUUUCAAAAAACUUAUGAAACACUAAAAGCAAAACUACUGGAUAUAAACACGGAGGUGAACCUUCUGAAAGAUGACGUGGAUAGAGCUAUAGAACAAACUUGUGGACCGUUAGGAAAUCUAGGAAUUGGAAACACGCAUUUGUAUCAUCUGACGUAUUGUAAUUUCGAGGACAACGAAGAUGAUGAAUGCACGUUUGUUCCGCUACGUUUUGUCAUCAGUCAGGUUAUUCCUGAUCAUACAUUUGGUUCCAAAAUAGGGCACGUAUUCUAUGAUUCUGCGACUACCUAUGUUUCUAAGUUGACGUCAAAGGUGUUUCAACCAGCAGAUGCGUAUUGCAUAAGGUUUUAUUUUAGACUUUAUGCAGUAACAACUACUGGUGCUAUCAAGUUGUCCUUACAGGUUGGGGAACAUCCGGGCUAUCCUUUUCACAGCAUACCGGCCUCGAAUCUUCCUGCAAAAAUGUGGAUCUUGGCAGAAGCUAGUCCAGAUCAAGAAUAUAUACAACACCCCUUUAAGAUUAUUUUGGAGAACAACAUUCGAACUUAUGUAUAUAUCGACGACAUCAUGAUCUUCAACACCCGCUGUAAUACAGACGAUCGACAUUAA